UCAACAAAUUAAAAGUCAAGUACUUCUGUACCUCUUGAUGGUACUCAGAAGUGGAAUAGGAAAUGUCAAUACAAAUUAGAUGCACAAAACUAAUGCAUAGUAAUUCAAAUAAGAUUUAUACAAGAAAAAAUAGCAAUAUAUCUAAAUUAAAUUAUAAUUUGGGUCCAAAGUUAGGCUUUAAAUCCAGUAUUGGUUUCUCUUCUCCGAUCGUACACCGGCUGUUUAUAUAUGCAGAUGAUCGAGGGAAGAUCGAGAUGGACGAAGAAUUCCGUAGAGAAAUUAUAAGAAGCCAUUUCAGCCACCCACACCCAUUGAAGCUCAUCGUUUACAAUCAAACCCUAAAUAUUUUAUUUCCAUGUGCAGGAUGCAAGCUCAAACCCUAUGGGGUGCUCUACUCUUGCUUGGAUUGCGACUAUUUCCUCCACCAGAGCUGCUUCGAAAUGCGCAAGAAAAUAACCCACCCUUUACACAAGAAGCACGAUUUAACCCUCAUGAUCAACCCUGCGUACCGCUUAGUAUGCGAUGCUUGCGGCGAAACGGGGAAGGGAUUCUCCUACCAUUGCAAACCUUGCAGCUUCGAUUUGCAUAUCUUAUGUGCCAUGUUGCCUUUAUCCGUCACGCACGAAUCGCACAAAAUGCACAAGCUCAAUCUAACAUCUGAAUCCUCAUAUCCUGUCAAUAAAUUUUCAUGUGAUAUAUGCUUGAGCGUUGGUUCGCGACAAUGGCUUUACAGGUGCAAAUCUUGUGGAUUUGAUGCACAUCUCAAAUGUGCUGCCGGAGAUAAGUUCCCGUCGGUCCGCUCGGCCUCUCAGUCUAAAGAGCCAACGCCACCACAGGCGGUACCAACGUGCUCUAUUGUGGCUCCGUCGGCUCCUCAACUCCCACCUAUGCAGCAGCAGCAGCAGAAUAUCAUGCCAUCUGAUCCUCCUUUUGAGGUCAACAGACGGAACAAUGAAUUGGCCCGUCAGGCCAUUCAACAGACGAUUAUUAACAAUAGUGGUGCCUUAGCUCAAGCAAUACUUUCGGGCGGCUUUGUUGGUGGUUAUGAUGGAGAUAACACGGGAUUACAUCUUGUGAUUGAAUGGAUAUCCGCCCUCAACAACAGUGGCAAUAUUAUUGGUGGUGGUGGCAUUUCUGCUUUCGAUGCUUUUGCUAGUGGUGGAGGCAGCAGCCAAGACUCUCUCCACGCGGUAACUAACGGUGGUGGUGGUGGUGGUGGUGGUGGUGGUGCUCGAGACGUUGCAGACUCCGUGCAAGGGGUAAAUGACGGUGGUGGUGGAGAAGAAGAUUAUGAAGAAUUAUUAUUUGGAGAUGGAAAUGGUAUUGAUUUUCUUGGUGGCUUACUUGGAGGAUGA